CCAUGUGAGGCGGCAGCAGCUCCCACUACUACUUCAGCCGCUAUGGACACCUCUGACUGGGCGCUUCUGCAGGACUGGGAGCUGGAUGACUUGUGGUAGGUGCACGCCUUGAGUGGGUAUGAACAGGACAAAAGCGUGUUGCGUAGAAAAGAAUGGGAAAGGAGAAGUCAAGAUGUGCAGCCAAGUGAUGAUGUCUUUCUUGCCAAUUAUCCCCUUUUCAGCGAACCAUACAAGACCAGUAAAGGAGAUGAGCUUUCAACCCGUAUACAAAGUACACUUGGAAACUAUGAUGAGAUGAAAGACCUAUUGACUGAAAAAUCCAACCAAAGUCAUCUAGUAGGCAUUCCAAAAAUUGAAGCAGUUGGAAUCUCUGAGGGGAACAAAGAGGAACAUUACCAACAGAACACAGCAGAACGUCAUUACUCAGUUUGUCGCACUGUACAGAUUGGUAUCACACCUAGAACUUCUCCCAGAGCCACCAUGGACUGGCAAAAAGCUGAAAAUUCCUCUGAUGGACAGAAAUCAUUAGGAAAAGCUAACCAAAGAACAACUGGUUCUCCCAAUACCGAUUUUAAAUAUGGACAACAAAACCACAAAACAGAAAAAAAUAAAAGCUGCUUAUUAAGCCCAGUGUCAUCUGGAAAUUCUAAUGAGCAUCACAUUUUAACUUGUACAAUGGAUAAGGCCCUCAAUAGACAGAUACCAACAUCACAAGUAAAUUGCAAUCUAGAAGUGGACUUCCCCAACAAAGAAAAGACUUGCAACAAAAACAGCAAUAGCUCACAUUGCUUGCAGAACUUUCCAGCUUCCAUUGUCUCUAAACCAAAUCCAAUCCAGCAAAAGCCAACUGCAUAUGUUCGACCAAUGGAUGGUCAAGAUCAAACACCCUAUGAAUCACCAAAGCUAAAAUUAUCAAGUGACUUUAACAUGCUCUGCCCAUUAUUGAGAGGACUUUCUAGCAAAGCUAACUCUGACAAGGUAGCAAAUGAUAAAACAGAAACAUUUCCAGAGAUUGAAGAGGGAGAGCCUAGCAUAGAUGUGCUAUGCUAUGCUUCAUCAGAGCAGGCACAGGAGCAAGGUGCAAUGCUGAGCUUCUGCCCCGCUCUCGCUCAGUCCGCUGUUUUAAAGCCUUGCAUGGUGCAGGGUCUAGCAGAGCAGGAGCAAGGUGCAAUUCUGAGCUUCUGCCCCGCACUCGCUCGGUCCACUGUUCUAAAGCCUUGCAUGGUGCAGGGUCUAGCAGAGCAGGAGCAAGGUGCAAUGCUGAGCUUCUGCCCCGCUCUUGCUCAGUCCGCUGUUCUAAAGCCUUGCAUGGUGCAGGGUCUAGCAGAGUGGAGUGAGCAGACACAGGGCAGGAACUCAUCAUAG